CCGCCGGCCGAUCCGGCCUCCCCGGCGGUUGCGCACUCCACCCCCUCCCUCCACGCCCGCGCGCGCCUUCCCCGCCCGGUCCGCCUCACUCCUUUCGGGGCGGUUGGGCCGCGCUCCUGUGGGGGCGGGGCCCGGAGCAGGAGACCGAGCCAAUGGGGCGCGGCGGCGGCGGCGGUGGUGGCGGCGGCGGCGGAGGCGGUGGCGGCAGCGGCGGCGGCUGGGUCGGGCCCCGACGGGCGGCGGCGGCUGAGGUGGAGGCGGAGGGAGGAGGCGGCGGCGGCGGCGGCGGCGGCGGCGGGGGGAAGAUGGCGGCGCCCGUCCUGCUGAGAGUGUCAGUGCCGCGGUGGGAGCGGGUGGCCCGGUAUGCAGUGUGCGCUGCCGGGAUUCUGCUCUCCAUCUACGCCUACCACGUGGAGCGGGAGAAGGAGCGGGACCCCGAGCACCGGGCCCUCUGCGACCUGGGGCCCUGGGUGAAGUGCUCCGCCGCCCUUGCCUCCAGAUGGGGUCGAGGAUUUGGUCUUUUGGGUUCCAUUUUUGGAAAGGAUGGUGUAUUAAACCAGCCAAACAGUGUCUUUGGACUUAUAUUUUAUAUACUACAGUUAUUACUUGGCAUGACAGCAAGCGCCGUGGCGGCUUUGAUCCUCAUGACGUCCUCCAUCAUGUCGGUCGUGGGGUCCCUGUACCUGGCCUACAUUCUGUACUUUGUGCUGAAGGAGUUCUGCAUCAUCUGCGUCGUCACGUACGUGCUGAACUUCCUUCUUCUCAUUAUCAACUACAAACGACUAGUUUACUUGAACGAGGCCUGGAAGCAGCAGCUGCAGCCCAAGCAGGACUGAUGCCCAACGGACUCUGCCCUGACAGUCUCAAGCCCCUUUUCCAUUCAGUUUAUUUUGCAGCAGGUUUUUAUUAUUAUUAUUAUUAUUCACAACAGACACUUUCCCUAAGAAUCUCAAACUGAUUUUUAAAAACCCUGUAAAUUAGAAGGGGCCCUUGCUAUUUUCUGUGUCAAUCUUCAUUUUAAAUAUGGAUACAAAAAGGAUAUGCCGAGCCAAUCAAAGACAAGCUUUAACUUUACUUUGAAGAUGUUUCUGAAAUGAUAAAAUGUAGCCCUAGCCCCCUGCCCUCAAUUGUAAAGUCAGCAACCAUUGCUAGUAAUUCUUUAAUGUGCAUAAAUUCAAUUUCAGGUAUAACAAAUGUGAUCAUGACAUGAAAAUAUUCUAGAAUAGAUACUGUAUUAAAUAUUGCCAUGUUUACAAUAUGUAAUAUGUUUUUAGCUGAUGGAUUUAAACAUGUAGAUUCAACUAGAAUCCAUUUAUGUGAUAUUUAUAAAUAAAGGUAGAAAUAUUAGAUCCAUUUCUGCAGAACUUACUGUACAGUUUAGUUGGAGUGUAGCAUUGAAGAACUGUCAGCUGAGCGUUGACUGAGGAGAUAGUGAAAAUAGCCUAUACACAGCAUCUUGUGGAAAGUACUGGCAGCUGUGGGUGCAGCAAAUCAUAGGGUGAAAAAAAUAAUAAUAGGGUGGUUGGUUCCCUUUCAUCUCCCUCUUCUGAAAGGAAGAAAUUGAAUUGGAAUGUUCAAGUCCUGUUUGUGUCCAGUCAUAAAACUGGGCCAAUUGUUAACCUUACAGAAUAAGUCAUGUGGCCAGACCUUCAAGUCCAAGGCCUUCAGGACACCAAGGAUGGGAAAAUGGGUAUUUUUUCUUUGCAGAAAAGCUGGAAAUAUAAGCCUGGCAUUAUUAGGUAAAGUUUCUUCUGCUAGUUGAAUUUUCAUGCAGAUAUUUUUCCUUAACGUUGGUGCCAGUCAGCCAAACAGUAUUAUGAUGGAAGAGACCAGUCUAAGCCCCGUCGCUCCAGAGUGGGAGCCAGUGUUCUUGCUAAUUGUUUCUUUCUGCACUAACCACUCGGAUGUCUAAUUUAGUUGUUUUGCAGUCAAAUACUGGAUCUGUAACCUUCAGGGCUGACAUGCUGCGCAGUUUGCUUCAUUGGGAGAAUAGGAACAGGUAGACACAUCUCAAGGCUAAAUCUGGUCGUGUCGCCACUGCUCGCAUAAUGACACACAUGCAGUAAGAAGAAUUUUGGAAGGGAUUCAAGUAAACCCAAAUGAAAUUGUGACAGGACGUUUGUAUGGUUAACAUCUGACAUCAGAAUGUUAAAAGUGCCUUCUGUCUUAAAUCUCAAACCAAAUAUUUUGUGUGUUGACCUUGGGCAGAAGUGUCCUGCCCUCCUGUCUUCACCGUCAGGUAGAAAACCCGCACUCUGCAGAAGGGUCCUGUGUGAUCAUUUUACUCCUCUGGUUGGGAAGCAGCAGUAAUGUUUGUGCUUCCAAUCUGAUUAAUCAUUUUAUGUUAAAAACAGUCAAUGAGACCAGUACCUCUUGAGUGCUUGAUUUGCCUUCUCUUUGCAGGGGGGGGACAGGCUCUGCUCUGUAAAUUCAAAUGUGUAGGAUCAGCAACAAUUCUGUACCUUCCAACUGACUCAGAAUUGAUGCAACGUAGGUCUUCUAGCCUGAGGCAGGUAUCAAGUCCGAAUUGUAAUGAACUUUUCACCAGUUUCAACCAGUUUCUUAAAAGAUAGCUUAACUCAAGAUUUCAUCAAGACUUGUGUUUUCCCAUGAAUGUGAAUCUUUCAAUGGCUGUUGGAGUAUGGAUGUACUGUUCUUGUAUUCUGAAGUAGUUAAAGAAUCUAGAAAGCACUGAUUGGCCAUCUGGUGCCUAUGGAGAAAGAAGUCCUCAGGUUUGAGGGCUGUACAGUGAGGCCGUCUUAUAGCAGCGCGUCCAGCUCUACCAAGGCAGUCCUCUGGUUCUUUCCUCGAAGCUACAGUGGAAAUGGCCUAAUGGUUAAAACUGUGGUACACAUAACACCGGUUGUGCUAAACAAGUUCCUCGUGUCCCAGUAUCCAAUGGUUUUUCAUCCAAUUUUGUAUCAAUCAGCAGAGUAUAGUUAAAGCUUGUCUUGAUGUUGCAUUCUUGCAAAUGCCUUCAACUCUUACCUAAGAAAACAUGGGAAAAUGGUCAGCCAGACCCUUUCAGUUUUUCCUUUGCUUUUCUAAACCUCGGUGAAACCACUGUUUGAGUUGUAUAAAAAUUUUUUGCCACAUUCUUAUGGCCCAGUCGGAUUAAUACCCUUUUAUCUCACUGAGAGAGGAACACGUACUGCCUGUCAUAACAGCAUUGUAAUGCCAGUGUCUCAGUAAGUAACAGAACCCUGGUGGUGUUAAUUGGGUGUUUUUUGCCCUGGAGAAUUCAGAUUCCCUUCUAUACCUUCUAUUCUGCCCAGAAGAGGGGGGAAUCACCAGUGUUAUAAAAUUAGAAGAUUGUUUUGCCUGUUUUAGACUGAAUAUUUGAACACUGCAGCAUUACUAGUCACCAGUGUUAAAGGACAGAUGAGGGGAAACAUUUGUUUUUAGCAGUAAUUCCAUGCUUCAUCUUUUUUAAGUAAUUUGUUCCAAAUGAAGCCAUUUAUUGACUUGAUGCUCACAAGUAUCAUUUGAAGAAAUAAGACGAAUUGGGGUUAGAUGAUAAAUUCUAGGGAAUCUGGGUGAUUUGGAGGAUUUCAUUUGGUUUUGCAUUACAGCUAGUUGCUCUCAGUAAAGGUAAAUUUCUGGUGAAAUAACUGGCUGUGUGCCCAGAAUCACUGUUCCUUUAACUGGCUGUGUGCCCAGAAUCACUGUUCCUUUAUACAUGUGUCCUCUCCUUAAAUUCAUUACUUUCAAAUGAUGUUCAAAGCAUUGACUAUUUUCAUUCAAAGAGACUACAUUCAAAGAGGACCAAGACUACAGUGAAAUUAAAACUAUUUGCUGGCCGGGCAUGGUGGCUCACACCUGUAAUCCCAGCACUUCGGGAGGCCGAGGCAGGUGGAUCACCUGAGGUCAGAAGUUCAAGACCAGUUGACCAACGUAGUGGAACUCUAUCGCUACUAAAAAUACAAAAGUUAGCUGGGCAUGGUGGCAGGCACCUGUAAUGCCAGCUACUCCGGAGGCUGAGACAGAAUUGCUUGAACCCGGUAGGCAGAGAUUGCAGUGAGCCAUGAUUGUGCCAUUGCACUCCAGCCUGGGCAACGAGUGAAACUGUCUCAAAUAAAAAAUAAAUAAAAACUAUUUGUUGACUAUUGUUUUUCAUUUAGUUUUUGAAAAGACUAUUGGCAAAAGUACAGAGUUAUCUUCAGCAGUUACUUCAUAACUUAGAUUGGUACCAAGAGUGACAGGAGAUCUUGUCUUGAAAAUCAAUAUUAGAUGCCAACAAGGAGGCCCACUGUGACUUCUGGUAACCUAUUUGGGGAGACAGACCUAAUGACCUAUUAUGCAAUUUCUGUCCUCAUGUCUUUUCCUCCAACACACAAGCAUUGGUGAAACAUUUCAGACACCUCAGGCAGCAUUUACGGUUUCUAAUUGUGAGAACUACCCUUCCAUCAAACAAAAAAGGCAAGGGUGGGAGCCCCAGCUACUUGGCUAAACAUUUUUUUACUACAAAUUCGCCUAGAAAAGGUGAAAUGUUUUGUUAUAAAACUGUAUUAGGCAUGACCUAAGUAUUAGGUGUAUGAUCUGUCUAGUAUGUUCCAUGAGAAAGAUUUCUUACUAGUGCUUUAAGCUCCAGAGUAAACAUUCAUUUAAAAUGGAGUUCACUGGGCAGGUUUCCCCUUUAAUCUAGAUAGAAAUACUCUUUAUCAGAGAUUUAAGGCGCCGUUUUGCUAACUGGUAAAUAAAACCAAAUGUAAAUAUGUAAGAAUGUUUAUUUGUUGCACAUAACUUUUUUGGUAUAAAAUAAAUGUAGAAGUUACCUGUGGAA